AGUGUUACGGGCGUGGGUGAGCGGCGGCCCGGAAAGCUUAGUCUGCUUUGGGACACCACCCCGCAGCAUGGAGGCGCAAGGAACUCUCCCGAGUAGCGGUCUCCUCUAUUGGGUGGGGGUGCUGAGUGCCGUGUACAUCACCGCGCGGGCCGCCUACUGUCUGUUGGCCGGGCUGCGCGUCUGGGUGCUGGGCCGCCCGGUUGUGCUGGGCCCGGGGCUCGGUGCCUGGGCAGUUGUCACAGGAGCUACAGAUGGAAUUGGAAAAGCCUAUGCAGAAGAGCUAGCAAAGCAUGGAAUGAACGUGGUUCUUAUCAGCAGAGCUCAAGAAAAACUAGAACAUGUUGCCAGUGAAAUAAAGGCAAAAUUCCAGGUGGAAACAAAAAUUAUUGCUGCUGACUUCGAGAGAGAAGACAUUUACGGCAAAAUUAAAACAGAACUGGAAGGCCUUGAGAUUGGUGUGUUAGUCAACAAUGUGGGGGCUUCAUACACUUAUCCCGAAUAUUUUCUUGAUGUUCCAGACCUGGAUAAUACAAUCAAUAAAAUUAUCAACAUUAACAUCAUGUCUGUUUGCAAGAUGACACGAUUGGUGCUGCCCAGCAUGCUGGAAAGAUCUACAGGAGUAAUCGUGAAUAUCUCUUCAGCUACUGGCAUGUAUCCAUCUCCACUUCUCACUCUGUACUCAGCAACCAAGGCGUUUGUGGAUUUCUUCUCUCGAGGCCUCCAUGCAGAGUACAAGAGCAAGGGCAUCAUUGUGCAGAGUGUGCUACCAUUUUACGUGGCUACAAAAAUGUCUAAAAUCCGCAAGGCAACCUUCGAUAAGCCCAGUCCUGAAAAAUAUGUAAGAGCUGCCCUCAGCACAAUAGGCCUGCAGUCCCAGACCAACGGAUAUCUGCCCCAUGCCAUUAUUGGCUGGAUCACUUCUCUGCUUCCCAUCUCAGCAGUCAUCAACUUGACAAUGAAACUGAACAAAAAAGUGCGAGCUCGCUACUUAAAGAAAGUGAAGGAAAACUAAGUUGCAGUAACUUGAUCAGAUGUUUCGAUACAUGAUGGCUCAAUACCCACAAUUCUGCAACAAAUAGACAAUCACAUUUGAAAUGUUCUCUGUCUUUAUUUUUCAAUGGGACUAACCUCCAGUUUGGGGUGGGAUUAUGGUACACCAUGAAUUCUUUCUGGCCUUGAUUUUCCAAUAUUGAUUUCAAAGUACGCUUGAUUUGUUGCUCAUAUGUGACUAUGGAAUAUUAACUGGAUUUAAUCAUUAGCUUUGUCAUGUAUUUAUUCCAGUGAAUAAGGGAUUGUAUCCCAGUGCAGAAAGCUUGGUGAAUUAAGAAAAAAACCCACACUAAAGUAAGACAAAAUGUUAGAUUUUAAACUAAAUUAUUGAAAUCAGAUGGUCUGUGCUUAGUUCAAAAUAGAAAUUGAUUGGCCAUCACUUCAAUUUUUUAUGCUGGAAAAGUGAGUUAGAUAACCUCCAUCUUUUUUUGUAUUGUGUAUAUAUGAGUAAAGGGAAAAACUGUGGAAGUUUAUCUUUCAGGUAUACUGCAGUGAGAACAUGAUUAUUAAAAAGCAAGCUAAUGUUCCAUCAUGUAGCCAGUCCCAGCGCAGCCUCAGAAGCUGUAUGGCCAGUCUUCUAGUAAUGUCCCCCCAUGUUUCCCUUAAGAUGAGAGAAAUGUGUCACUUCCCCUAGGCAGAGCUGCUUGGCUGCUGUGAGUGGCUCCAAUAACAGGCUAGUCAAGUUGACUGAGAAGAACUGCCUAUUGUUGGGGGGAGGGAUUAUGUUUUGUUUUAUAGCCUAAAACUCAACUCAUUGCUUUCAUCUAGCAUAUUGAAAUGGAUUCUUGGACCAAUAUUUGAGUGAUUUCUAUAUAUAUUUUAACAUCAUAAUGUAGCAAUUGUUUAAAUUCUUGAAUAUUAAUGCUAACUUUUCAAAAAUAAAUUCUUUUGGAUUUGUAAUGACCUCCUUAAAAAACUGAUGCCUGCUGUAAGCUGUAGAGAGUUGUAACACAGUGUAGUUAAAUGCUUCCAGUUACAUGCUGCUUGUUGAUUGAUCUGUAAAACACAAUAUUGGUACUUGAAAUGCAGAACUUGAAGCGCAGUGCUGUCUGUUAGGGGCUGCUAGUUAAACUCUCUUUCCGACACAUGAAUGAGUCUGUUCUCCACUAUGGGUCUGCUGAAAUAAGAAGCAGAAUUUUUUACACCAAUUUUUAAAAAUGAAUGUGUGAAUUAAAAACAAUAUACCAUAAAAAAUUUUAGUCUGGGAAAGGUGCAGAUUUUUGAAUUACAAAAGAUUGGAUUGCUAAAAUAUUGGAUAAUUUUAAUAGGAUAUGUGAAAUAAGUCCUCACGGUUGGCAUCCUUGUGUUGAAAGUUUUAGCCCACACAGAAUUCUCCUUUGCUAUCUUAUCUCACCAUGAGGGAACAUUGGUCAGGCAGCGUGUGUAAAUUCUUGUACUGCCAUUGCCCAUCUUUGCUUGCUCUGCGGAUAAAGAUUUUGGUCUCCAUUGACAUCAAAUUCUUUACCAGCCAUAAGUGUACUAAAACUGUAGCUUAAAAAUAACUUUCAUGGGCAAUCACGUCAUUUUUAGUGGUGCUGGACAUUCUGUGAUCUUAGAGUUGUAUAUUGUGCUGAGGAGAAUAAUUUAAAGCUCUGCUUUUAAGUUAAAGGUGUUGUAUUGAAGCAUGAAGGGGCUAACAUUUCUUACAUUGAAAAUACAUGAAUACCGAUGCAAUGGUGCUGAUCAGACAUGAGAUAAGGAUCUUAUCCCAUAGCUUGUGUUUUGGUGUGGUGGUGAUUGAAUGUGGGUUUAUAAGACUGCAUAAGGCCACAGUUUCUUGGCUUGCUUUGGAGAAAACAUGGGGUUAUUUGACUAAUUUUGUGUAUAUUCUUUUUCUAACACAUGCACAUAGAACUAAAAUAGUUAAAAUAAAAGAUUUUUCCUGAAUA